UGACGAUCAGCAACUAAAAAGACAAUGAUAGUGAAAAUCAGGAGGGACAUCGGGCCGUAUUUCAAGGUCACUCACUCUCUCAGCGGGAGGAUGGCGGAGCUGGAGAUGGCCAUGCUGUGAAAGCACCGAGAUAAGGGCGAUGAAGAUGAAGAGAGUUUGAGGUUUGUCGGUGGAGGGGCAGCGGGAGGAAGGAGCGCAGCGCACCGACAGCGAACUGAGUUAGCCGGACUGCUUGUCCUGCUGUGUCCCCGCAGGUCACCCAUCAUAAUGCCGGCCCCAGGCCCUCCUGCUGCCCAGCCCCCGGCCCUCGACGGUGGGUGGGGUUGGGUGGUUGUGGCGUGCAGCUUUCUCGCACUGUUGCUGGGAUACGGCUCUCCUACGUCGGUGGGUGUCCUCUACCCCGAGUGGCUGCUUGCGUUCCAGGAGGGGAAGGCCUUGACUGCCUUUGUGGGCUCACUGGUGAACGGGAUUGGACUCAUAGUGGCUCCUAUCUGCAGUGUUUGUGUGCUGAAUUUCGGAGCUCGGCCCGUCACCGUCUUCAGUGGUGUGAUGGUGGCCGGGGGGUUGAUGCUCAGCGCCUUUACUCCCAGCGUCCCCUUCCUCAUCUUCUCCUACAGCAUCGUGGUCGGUGUUGGUGUUGGUCUGUUGUACGCUGCCACCGUCACCAUCACCUGUCUCUACUUUGACAAGAGGAGAGGUCUGGCACUGGGGAUAAUGACCACAGGUACGAGUGUGGGCGGCUUCCUGUACGGCACGCUGCAGAUCGAGCUCAUUGAGCGGUUCGGUCUGGACGGCUGCCUGCUCAUCGUCGGAGCGUUGGCGCUCAACGUGGUGGCGUGUGCCGGCCCAAUGCGACCUUUAACCCAAUCCAAAUACUACAUCAAGCAGCGUGCUGCCAUCUUGGAGCGGGCAGCCAAGGAGCAGAAGCUUCGGCGGGAGGAGGAGCCGGGCAAUCAGAAGCCUUCAGCCAAAGAUCCAGUUAUCACCGUGGAAACCAAUGAGCUGCUGGUCAGGAGGAAGAGCUUGUUCAGCUGUUCAGCCUUCAUCAUGAUGAUUAAGAUCAAGAUGAGUCAUUAUUCACAAUGUUUGUCCUCCAUGUUGUCUCUCCUUCAGGACAGAGUCCUCAUGGCGUUGUGCAUCUCUCUCUUCCUCUUUAGUGUCGGUGGCUUCCCCCCUCAGGUGUUCUUGGAGGACAUGGCGCGGAGCUCUGGGGUGAGUGAGGGAAUCACCUCCAUCUCCCUGGUCUCCCUCAACUCCAUUGGGUCUGGUGUCGGCAAACUGGUUCUGGGUGUCAUUGCUGACGUGCCACGAGUCGACAGCUUCCUCCUGUAUGCUCUGACGAUGGGAGUGAGCGGGCUGGGAGUGCUACUUAUCCCCCUCACAAGCUCGUACCUGCAGCUCCAGGUGCUGUCGGCGGUCCUGGGCUUCCAGAGCGGGAACUGGGCUCUGACGCCGUAUGUCACCAUUCAGGUGGUCGGCGUGGAGAAGCUCGCCGAGGCUCACGGGAUCCUGAUGUUCUUCGGGGGCGUCGGCCUUGUGCUGGGUCCUCCUGUCGUGGGUUCUUUCUACGACUUCUGUCAGUCAUACGACGUUGCCUUCUACCUCGGUGGCAGCUGCAUGAUGGCUGGCAGCCUCACCCUCUUCCUCGCCGCCAUGCUGCUGCGAACACAAAAUCCUCGUCCUCCUCCACCCGAGACCGAGCCCAUCAGCUGCACUGUUACCACAGCAAGAGACACAACCUCACCUGUCACCUGAUGGACUGAACAAAUCAGGAUCCUGAGCUGAAUGAUGACCUCAUGUUUACAGGAAGAUUUGAUUUUAACAAGUUGAAUCAAACUUCUGUUUUUGACUUACUUUUUUACUUUUUUACUUGAUUCUUGAAAGAUAAAAAUGCACAAACAGAAAUGUUGGAUGACCACAGAGCCUCAGUUUGAUUCGUCCUCCCGGGGGACAUUCAGAGGAUUAUGAUUCGUUCCUUGUUGCCUGGAAGACAGAACUCAGGAAGUCAUAAGUUGGACCUUAGUUUCAGGUAUAUUCUGUCUGUUACAACCUGAACUUGAGUCCUUUUUAAACCUUAUUAAUGUUGUUUUUUUAGUAAAUGAAAACAGUGUAAUAAGCUUUAGGUCAGACAUCACAAGUAGAGCUCACAUACAGAUGUGGAGAGAAUGACGGCAAUGGAUUCAGACUCUGUUUCUGUCUCAGGUUUUUAGGUUUGACACCUCUGAGUAGUUUUACAGCCUCAGUGUGAGCUGACUGACAAUCCAGUCUGAGAUCAGACAAACUCAGAACACAAAGUAUUCAAAUGUUUGGUGGCACAGGGUUAGAAAAAGACACUAAAGUUAAAAGCUUGAACACAUUUAAAAUUCAGAUAUUUUAUCUGACUCCUUAUAGGCCACAAAAACAUAAAUAAAAGUCCAUAAUUUCCUGUCCAGAAUAAUGUCAAUUAGUGCUAAUCAUUAGGAAAAUAGACAUAGUAGUAGUAGUCAUUAUUUUUUUUUUGUCCUUGUAAUUUGAAUUUUACUGAAGAUAUUUUUUUUAUGAUUGUUGAGUGUUUGUCCUUUAUUGUUCGUGUUGUUUUGCCUUGUUUCUGUUCAUUUUGAUGUUUUUACAGGAAAAGGUUGGUUAAUAUCAAAGCAAAAAAGGAAGAUGGGAAUGCACCUUAACGACAUGAUGCAGCCAUUCGUUUGUGUUGACAGGGUUAAAAAAAGAGUUUUUAGGCAACAUGGACAAAACAGCUCAAUGAAACCUGCAGCCAUGUUCAGAAUGUUCAUGCAGGAUGCGUCUUUGAAACUUGAAAAUGCUGACCGUGCUCAUACUACGUACGUCCUGUUUGAUCACAUGACAAAGUGACCCAACUCCAACACAGAUUAAACAUGUCGAAUCCGACCAGGCAUCUGCAAACAAAGACCCCACUCAUUCUGUCAGACUCUCAGCUGGUCCACUUUGUUUUCCUGGUUAAAAGCCAAGAUGUGCUCAACUUUGCACAUGAUACCGUAGGACUGUUAUGUGAGUGUGCAUGUGAAGUGAGUGUAAACCUGUUUGAAAUGUGGCUUAAAAGUCAGAUUUGUCAUCACAGCCCUGUUACCACCGUCAGACUCGACAAUUUAUUUAAAAAGUCAUAAAAACAGCUGAACCAGAGAGAUUGCCUCUUUUCUUCCUCAUGUUCUUCUUUGUUGAAACCUGCAUCCUACAUUUCCCACAAUGCACCUUAACCCUUGACAGUUGUAUGCCAGAAAGUGCUGCGUUAUACUAGCAGCAGCCAAUGUAGCCUGCAGCUCAUACAGAGGUCUGCUCAGCUCGCUUCUCUCUGACUCCACACCAACAGAUCUGUUUCAGUUUCAGACUCGCAGUCUUCAGCUGAC